AGCAUUGACUUUCAGAAUUUAUAUUUUGUGUUGUUUAUGUUUAAUUUAUUUUUAUAAUGAAUAAUAAAUGGAACGCGGUUUCUGAAAUUCUUUGGAGAAAGAAGAAGUGCAUUUUACUUUUUUUAUUAGUGUUUUUGCUUUUUAUAUUAUUUAUAAAAUAUUCAAUUGAAACAGGAAAGUCUAUCAAUACAGUUUCGCCAUCCAAUUGUUUGUUUUGUAAAAUUGCCAACGGCAGCAGGACACCGCACAAAUUGGAAUUUGAAAACGAUGAAUAUGUCAUAUUUAUGGACAAAAGACCAGUAUCCACUCAUCAUUAUCUGGCGAUUCCCAAGACACACUACGACAGCUUAAAUGUGCUUAAUAAAUCCCACGUAGGGCUAGUAAGUCGGAUGCAGCAUGGUAUGAUCCGGUUUCUUGAAUCAAAAGGUGUUGAUACAUCGGAUGCUAUAAUUGGUUUUCAUAUUCCGCCGUUUAUAUCACAAAAGCAUCUUCAUUUACAUGGAAUUUCACCCGUUUCUGAGAUGAGCCUUUCGAAUCGGAUCAGUUUCCUGAUGCCAUCGUUUUGGGCCAAGGCGGCAAAUGAUGCGAUUGAUGAGUUACGACGCUCGGAACUUUAGUUGUGAGGAUCGGUUUUAGUCUUAUAAUAUAAGCAACACCGUCCAGUGGCACUAUUUACUUAAAGUUGUCUCUUCGUUUUCGGAUUAACAUUUUGGUUUUUGAUAACAUGUUUUUCUCGCCCUUAAAUUUUAUUAAUAAAAUUGUUUAAUAUAAUUUAAA